AGGAGAUGAAUACAACAUUGUUGAUAAUGAUCCAUUUUAUAUGGUGAUAUAUGACACAAUAUUUGAUAAUUACGCUAUCGUGUUGGACGCGAGAGACAAAAAUUCAGUAGAAAUGAAAAAGUUGCUAAAUUUUAUUGGUAAAGUUAGAAGCAUGGCUCUGAAGAGUUUGCCCAAAGUCCCUCCUAUUUGCAAGAAGGUACAUGACGAAAUAUUCAUUAAUCUUCGUCGUAACAAGAAGUUUGUAGCAAAAGAAGAAUUUCGUCGACUCGUAACGACGAAGUUUCCUGAGUUAGAAGGAGAGGCAUUCAAAGUACUAAUGGAACAUUUUGAUGAACGUGGAGAGAUAGUUGACUUGGAUGAUCGAUUGGUCAGUGACAUGCCAUGGUUGUGUUACUUUGUCAUCGGUGCGACUCUUGCCGACAAGAGUUCUCCUGAUUUUUAUGUCAAGUUGCAGACCGACGACGACGGAACGGCAACAAUAGCACAAAUUAAGGAAACCCUCAAGCGAUUUGGUGAGAGCAAAGGAGUUCAAUUUAAUGAGGACGUGAUGUUGGCCAUCCGUGCUCUCUGUCACUUGGGUCUCAGUUUAGAACAUCCGAGCAGGAAGGAUAAAAACGGCGAUCCUCUUUACAUUUUUCCUUGUCAUAUUAAGAAGAGCAUGCCAGCGAGCGCCUGGCAGCAAGAUGGGGCUAAGCCAGUGCACGUUGGUCGUCGCGUUCAAUGCAAGUACUCGCACCAUCUCAUCACUCCGGGCUCUUAUCCUGUCAUUCAAUGCGAAGCCUCGAAGAGCGAAUAUAUGAGUGUAAUAGAUCUGUGGGAUGGUGGCAUGAAAGUGCAACAGAGGCUCCAUGAUGUGAUGCCGCGCCAUUUACCGGCUGAAGCGCUGGUACAAAUUACCAAUAAGAAGAGAGCCAUUCAGAGUAUGGACGUGAUCGCUCGAGGUCCUCGCUACAGUGAAGGAGAUUGCAUGAUGUUGGUUGAGUCCGUUCUUGAUCUCAUGAUGAAAGUAUUUGACAAGAAAAGUUCAGGAACUGUUUUAGAGGCACAAUAUUUAAGUCAUGCUUCCAUCAGUCAGUACAGGGAAGCAAUCGUUUCUUACACUGAAAAAGCAGUCGAAACCGCUAAACGAGACAAGAAAACGGUCGUCACUCACGAGAAAGGCGAGGAUCGCCUGAUCGAUCUCGUUGCUGUUGAUUCUAGUCACAUUAUUCGAAUGAAGCCAAAGAUUCGUCAUCAAUUGUGCAAUGUUUUCGAUAGGCCAAAUAAAGAAGAGAAGCAGCCUUGCUUUAGAGAAGUGGGUAAAGCGUUAGGUAUGCCAUUAGUGUGUAGCAUGGAAUCAGCCAGUGAGAUGUUGGACACUUGGAGUCAAAACUUGAACGCUACCGAAGAUUAUCUUGUGGAAGUUCUGAAGAGGCCAGACAUUAACGGUAGAGAUGCAUUGAUGGUUCUUGGACAUCAGCAUCACAUUGCUGCCGAAAACAGCUUCAACUCACCUCCAGCAGAGCUAAGAAAAGAAGACGCAGCUUCACAAGAUGGUCUUUCUGUUCAUGACAAGGCAACUGCCAAGGAAUUGAAAGACCUUGCCAAAUCUCUGGGAACCCGUUGGGAUACUUUUGCAUCAGAAUUGGACCCGGAACUCUUCUCAGUUGAGAAGAUCACGGUAAUACAAAAGACGCACAGUAGUGUCUUUCUUCAAGCUCGAACCAUGUUGGAAGAGUGGAGUAACAGCCUGGCCGACAAGGCUACCCGGAAGUCGCUUAUCGAGGUACUUGUUGAAGAAAAACUCCUACUCCAAGCUAAUCAAGUCUUCAGCGAAAUUCUGGUGAAACAAGUGUAUCCACAAAUGUAAAAUUUUGUGUGGAGAGAUGUGACAGCCCGAUUAUUUGUAUCCUGUGUUGUAGAUUUGCAUUUCAUUACAGUGGGCAAAACAUGUAGAUGUAAAUAUUUUUAUAACGUGCCAAUACAUUUAUAUUGAGACUGAGA